AGUGCAAUUUGUUUGGGUAAUUAAAAAAUUGGCCAAGUUAUUUGAUUUCUUAGGGAAUAAGGUACGGAUUUAUGUAGGAAAAGCAGUCAAAUUCUGAGGAAUAUUUUUUUAAACUUCACUAAAAGUGUCUCCCAAUACCAAAACCCACAAUGUUUUUGAAGCGACUGAGAAUAUCUGCUCCGUCAGACCACAAAUAGUCGCGGGCGCCCAGUGGCCAACCGCUACUGUCAACAAACCGCGGACACUUGCCAAUAAUUGGGGGUAGCAGCCGGCGCACCCGCCCCAGAGUGUCAAAGGUUUUGACACUAGACAAACAGCAGGACACAGGAUGUCAACUGGCCUACACCCUCGACUGCCAUGUCCCAUUGUUAGUCGCACAAUCUCGGGCGACUGAAGGUUCAGUUACUGCAGAUAUGUCGACGACUUUACAGUUAAUUAUGCUGGCCUUAGUGGGCGGAUCCUGGGGUCAAGCCAAUAACACGGAUUACAAGCGGGUGCUUUCAGCCGUCCUGGGCCAUCUGGAAGGCGGUCUCGAACUUCAUCUGCGAAACGCUGAGGACGGAGACAGGGGGAUAGUCCAGUUUCUACUGGAGCAGAAAACGAGUUCCCUGACGAUCACCCUAAACCAGGAUCACAAUGACCAAUCGAAGGCUGACACUGCAAGGCAUCAUUUUUAUCUUUUCGAGGAAGUGGAGCAUGUAGGGAGAAUCCUGGGUGGACUGCACAACACAGGGGGCUUCUACAUAAUCGCUUUGGAACGUCAUUCGCCCGCGGACGAAGAUCUGUUGCUGGACCUAAUGGAUCACAUUUGGCUGAAACAUGGUCACAGUCGGAUAUACUACGUUCUGUUGAAUGAGGAUAACGUGGUCCUCUAUAAUCCCUUCCGGAAAACUGUCCAGGAGGUAAACGGAACACGGACCUACAAUCGCAUUUACCAGAACCUCCAAGGCUACCCCUUGAGAAUUUAUAUUUUUGACUCCGUCUACUCUAGCGUGGUGGGCGAUGGCGCCUCCCAGAAGGUUCUGAGUGUAGCAGGAGCAGAUUCCAAGCUCGCCAAAACAGUGGCCAAGCAUUUGAAUUUUACCCUGGAUUUUCUUUGGCCAGACGAUGAGUUUUUUGGUGGUCGCCUGGCGGAUGGAUCCUACAGCGGCGGAGUUGGGCGCGCCCAUCGAGGCGAGGUGGACAUCAUAUUCGCGGGAUUUUUCAUCAAGGACUACCUCACCAACCAGAUUCAGUUUAGUGCCGCCGUCUAUAUGGAUGAUCUGUGCCUGUAUGUGCAGAAGGCCCAGAGAAUACCCCAGUCCAUACUGCCCCUCUUUGCUGUUCACACGGACGUCUGGUUGUGCUUCCUACUGGUGGGCACACUGGGAUCUCUGGUGUGGCUCCUCUUGCGAAUGUUCAAUCUUUUGUUGUGCAUCGAAGAGAUCGAACACCGUUCCCACCGAGCUCGGAAAAUCGGAUUAGUAACCACUGCCCGCCGUAUAUUCAUUGAUACGUGGGUAGUGUGGGUGCGAGUCAACGUGGUUCGUUUUCCGCCAUUUCACUCGGAGCGCAUCUUUGUGGCCUCCUUGUGCCUGGUCAGUGUGAUAUUCGGAGCGCUUCUGGAGUCUAGUUUGGCGACUGUUUACAUUCGCCCUUUGUACUACCGCGAUCCCAACACUCUCAAGGAGCUCGACGAUUCCGGAAUGCCCAUUUAUAUCAAGCAUCCCGCCUUUAAGGACGACCUCUUUUAUGGCAGCGAUUCGGAAGUCUACCGGCGCCUGGACGCCAAGAUGCUACUGGUGGCUGAGGGAGAAGAGCGCCUUAUCCAAAUGAUCUCCAAGCGAGGACACUUUGCUGGUGUCACUAGAUCCGCCAGCUUGGAACUGAUCGACAUCCGCUAUGUUAUGACGAACAAGGUCCACAAGAUUCCAGAGUGCCCAAAGAACUACCACAUAGCCUAUGUCCUGCCACGUCCCUCGCCGUACCUUGAGAAUGUCAAUCACAUAAUUCUGCGCCUGGUGGCCGCAGGCAUCAUGAACCUCUGGACAGGCGAGACGAAGGAGCGCGCCAAGUGGAGCAUUCAGCGGUUUCCGGAGUACCUAGCCGAGCUGGGAGUGGGGCGGUGGAAGGUGCUGACCCUCUCCGAUGUCCAGCUUGCCUUUUAUGCCUUGGCGAUUGGUUGCCUUUUGUCCGGAGCUGUGUGUCUGGCGGAGAUCAAACUAACUAGUUGUCUCAGAAAAUCAAAGAAGGUCCACCUCUAAAUUUGUACUCAAUAAAGUCUAAAUCAAUAAAAGUGGUCGAAGACUAAUUCUAAAAUAAGUAACUAACUAACUUGUUAUUUCUAUCUUGGACCAUUUCCCAAAUGGCUUAAGA